AUGUCGCUAGAGCAAUCACAAGGUAUCCAGGCCCUCCUGGCAGCCGAAAAGGCGUCUACCGAGACUAUCAAUAAGGCACGCAAAAAGAAACAAAUGCGCUUAAAACAAGCUCAGGAGGAGGCCGAGGCCGAGGUACAGCGAUACAAACAAGAGCGAGAGCAACAAUUUCAAUCGUGGUCAGCCCAG